GCAUUCGGAGCAGCCGAAGGUUCCUUCUCGACUUGCUACGUGCUCCGUACGCGCAAGCGUAUCUUUUAAAAAUACAUUCAGCUUUUGUCCCGCGAAUGUUGUGGACUUCGGGCGAGUUUGUAUGUGGUUGAGUGUUGUGGAAUGAAAUAAAAAAUAAAAAGAAAAUACGGACGGUGUCUUAAUCCAAGGUUGUGUAAUAACUCUUGGUUUCGUAUAGUUCCGUCUACUGUUUUGUGAUUCUCGAGGAAAAAAUGGAAAUCAAAAUUUCAGCAUUUAUUUUUAUAUUUCUAUAUACCGUUCACUGCAGUCCUUCGAAAUCAAAUGAUUUUGAGCUGGACAGCGAUUAUGAUAUGCAAAAUGACAACGAUAACUAUGGGGGAAAUUAUGAAGACACAGAUGAUACUGUGGAAGAAAAGAAAAUGUCUGACCUUCCGUUACAAAUAAAUACACGUGAAGAAGAAUUUAUUAGAGAUAUUGGUGAAAAAGUUGUGUUACCUUGCGAAAUUACUGGGAGCAAUUAUGUGCAGAUUUGGAGGAAGAAGAACUCAAAAAGUAAGGAUAUUGUUCUUUUCCAAGCGGGAAUUAAAAUGGCUGCUACACCAAAUAUGAAACUAUUAACAAAUGGAUCACUUGAAAUUUCAAAUUUACAUGCACAAGACACAGGCGAAUACGAAUGUAACGCAAUGGAUACGAAGCAAAAUAGUCCAAAAAUUCGACACAAAGUUAUAUUGAACGUACCUCCCCAAAUUGAGCUUCUAGUAGCUAAGGACAAUGUUACAAUUUUAAAAAAUGGGGACAUAUUGAUUCUAACUUGUAGAGCAAGUGGUUUUCCGAAGCCAGUUAUUUCCUGGCAUAAAGGCUCUUCGAGAUUUGAUAUUCAGGGUGACGUUUUAGAAAUUCCAAAUGUUAAACAUCAUAAUGCUGGUACGUACAAGUGUCUAGCGGACAAUAAAAUUGGAGAACCAGCUUUUAGCUUCAUAAAUAUUAAAGUAGAAUUUAAGCCAUCGCUAACUAUCGAAAAAAUGAUAGUAAGUUCUGAAAAUAACUCUGAAACUGAAUUAGAGUGUCAAGUUCAUUCAGAACCACGAGCUCAAGUGGUUUGGAAAAAAGAUGGUAUAAAUAUUGUGAAUACCGAACGUAUUCAGUUAAAAACGAAAGGAAUCCAGCAUAAUUUAAUAUUGAAAAAUAUUCAAGAUUCAGAUUUUGGUGUUUACGUUUGUUCAGCAACAAAUUCUCUCGGAACUUCCGAAAAGAGUAUUAGUUUAGUGUCGACUCCAGCUAUAUAUCGAUUUGUCGUGUCUCAAACCGACGGUAAACCUGUGUUAACAUGGGAAGUGCAAUCUAAAUCAAAUCUUUCAUCGCAUGAGUUGGUAUAUAGAAGACAAGGGGAAAGCGAAUGGGUGAAGGUCCAUCCAGAGGACAAAAUAGAGGUGAAGCCAAUUGAGGAUGAUAUCUAUGGAGUUCGGUACACGUUUAACAAGGGACUUGAUCCUGGGGACUACGAAUUCAAAGUUAGAUCUGAAAAUCGAAAGGGGUGGUCAGAAUAUUUCAGAACGUCUGCUGAAGUUAAACGUGGGCAUCACAAAACGCACAAAAAAGGUCAUAAGCAUGGAAAAGAAAGACAAGUCACACCUACACCUACUUUACCUACACAACCCGAUGUUCCGGCAGAACACCAAGAAAGUGAAAGUCAAAGUGGCUUUAUUAAAGAAUCUUCGUCAUCAGCUCCUGAAACGUCAGAUUCGCCUUCCCUGACUCCAGCAAAUUUACUUCUUAGCGUAGCUGUAUUUGCAGUUUUCCAAAUGAGGUCAGUAUGGAAAAGGAUAUAAAAGUACGUCAAAUACCAAAAUGCAACUGGGUAUAACUUUCAGCACACUUGUCGGUAGCUUAAAAGUGUAAAACCAAAGUAUUUAAAAAUUAGUUUUAAGUAAGUUAUAAAAUACAAUUACUCUUUUAAUAAUUAAACUUUUUUACCGGAAGUUUAGUUACUGUACAUAUGCAUACAUACCUAUUAUACGUAGAGUUUGUAAAUUUUUGUGUUCAUUUACUGAAUAGGAAAGAUCUUCGUUAAAUUUAUCCAGUUCAUCAAAAACAACAUUAAGUGCUACAAAAUUUUACACAUUACAUUCUUUUUUUGUUCUUGUACUGCCUGUUCUCGACAAUCUUGAAUGCCAUAAAACGCCAUUAAAUUUUGUAUACUAAAGUAAAAUGUACCAUGGUGAAAAAUCAAAAAGUUAGCCGUGACUAACUCAAAAAAUAUAGAAUAAUAUUACGCAAUGUAGCUUUAAGUUACCUGUAUUUAUUUAAUUUCUAUUGUUAUCGUAAUUAACACGUAGUAAAAAAUUUUGGUCAGUAUUUAUUUUAAAAAUAAUCUCGUAUAAAUCAAUUGAAAUACUAAGAUUUUGAUUUCAUUUAAAUAUUCGAUUGAAACUAUGAGUUUUACUUAAAUUUUUCAUAAAAUUUUAAGCAAAUCAUCAAAAUUGUAGCUUGCCUCUAGUCCUUUUUUUAUAAAAUAACUUAAGUACGAUUUUAUGUUAAUAUUUCUGAAUAUUGUUGACGUAUUAAUGUAAUUUACAUAACUUUGAAGUGAUUAGAUACUUAAAAUAAAAGUUAUGUAGAAUUAUUUUUUAUUAAGUUCUAGACAAAAUGUAAAUAAUUUGUGUGAUGUGGACAUGUAUUUAUAGUGACUCCUGUUCUAUUUUUUAUUAUAUUUUUCUAAACAUACCAGAAUGCCUACAAAGUUCCCUAUCAAAUCAAUUUUUUUUCCAUUGUUAUGAUUUGCAACUGGGGAACUAGAAAAUGCCUUACAAGUAGAGCCAAAAAAAAUCGAUAAAAUAAAUCGUUGUUGCUUAUUAUACUUCUACAUUUACGAAGAAUUUUAAGUAGAUCAACACAUGAAAGAACAAAAUUUAAUCGAUGACAGCAUAUCACGAAGUUUUUGAAAUUUUUUUGUAGGUAGCUCAUGAAUUGAUCUAUUUAAAUCCACCUUUGUAAUUUUGAUGUAUAUGAAUGUAUAGAUUAAAUGAAACAUAACAUUA